UAAUAUAUAUAUAUAUAUAUAUUUGAAAUACCUACCACAUACCAAGAUGUCUCAACACCACGAAAACAUCUUCGACAAAAUGUUUCACCACCACAAACACCAAGACACUCAGCACACUAGUGCCAGCCAAGGAGAGAACGACAGCGGCAACUACCCCUCUCAGCAGCAGAGCAACCUGCAUGAAACAGAGGAGGAAAGUCAACCUUCGCAUCAUGGAGAGGAGGAAGGAGUCGUGAAUCGAUUUGAGAAUUAUAUUAAGGAGGAUGAGGAGUUGGAGAGGGAGGGGCAGACGUAUGGGGGGUUGAUGUAAUACUUUAUUUUAUUUACUAUUUAGUAUUAGUUUCUUGUGUCGGAUUGGGGAGGGGAUAUUGGGGUUAUUCUAUCAGUAUUCAGUUUACGGUAAUAUUGUGUUUAUUUUGAGGGUAGUAAGUAGGGUGGGUUGUAGUGUGUGGUGGUAUUGGUAACUAAGUAGUAGUACUAAUGGCUUUGUAUAGCUAUGGGGUGAGUGCUGGAGGAUGG